AUGCAUUACCUUAAGACUAAAGCCUUUAGUAAUAACCAUUUCAUGGCUUUUAAGUUGGAAGCAUAUGAUAGACUAGAAUGGCCUUACAUUAGGGAUACUUUGUUUUAUUGGUUGGAUCAUGGAGGCAUCACCACCGUAUCUUACUCUAUUUUCAUUAAUGGAAAGAAUCAUGGGUAUUUUUAUCCUACUCGGGGUCUUAGGCAAGGAGAUCAUCUAUCGCUUCUCCUUCAUGUUUUAUGCUCUGAAGGACUUACACAUAUUUUGCAAGCAUCGGCUCAAGCCAAAAGUAUUUCUGUAAUUCGUAUUAAUCACAAUUGUCCUACUAUAACCCACUUGUUAUUUGCAGAUGAUACCAUAAUCUUCUCUAAAACUACUUUACCAGCCAUAUACUCAAUUCAUGAUAUUCUUCAUUCUUAUGGCAUAUUGCAACAUACUCCUCAAGAAAAAUAUUUGGGGUUACCAUUUCAAAUAUUAAGAUCUAAAAAAGUAGUUGUCCAUCGUGGGGAUGGCGUAGUUUGCAUGCGUUGGGGUUUUCAGCUUUUGGAGAAGGAAAUUGGAACACUCAUCUCCUUAAUAAGAAAUUUUUUUUCGGAGGAUAUUCAGAAAAAUUUAUCUAUCCCGUUGUCCUAUUGUCCAUACAAGGAUAGACUGCUUUGGAACCAUCAUCAUUCAGCGGGAUUGGUAGUUUUUGUGCAACAGCAAUAUUCCUCACAAGAUCAUUAUUUUUAUAUGGAGAUGUUUUUUGAUCAAAUUGGGAAGCUAUUCCUACUUUUCAUGGCUUAUGACUUCACAUAG